AUGGCACCUGUGUGGGUACCUGUGAUGGUACCUGUGUGGGUACCUGUGUGGGUACCUGUGAUGGUACCUGUGUGGGUACCUGUGUGGGUACUUGUGGUGGUACCUGUGUGGGUACAUGUGAUGGUACCUGUGUGGGUACCUGUGCGGGUACCUGUGUGGGUACCUGUGGUGGUACCCGUGUGGGGUACUUGUGGUGGUACCUGUGUGGGUACCUGUGUGGGUACUUGUGGUGAUACCUGUGUGGGUCCAUGUGAUGGUACCUGUGAUGGUACCUGUGGUGGUACCUGUGUGGGUACCUGUGAUGGUACCUGUGGUGGUACCUGUGCGGGUACCUGUGUGGUACCUGUGUGGGUACCUGUGGUUGUACCUGUGUGGGUACCUGUGUGGGUACUUGUGGUGCUUAAAUUGUCAGAAGGAGAUUGA